AAUUUGAUGAUCUGCGAUGGCUUGAAUUUGGUGGUGAUCAUCAUUACCAUUCCUUGAUCACUCGGUGGUUUUUGUUUUCAAUUGGAUACAGUUUCAAAAUUGAUGCAAAUUUUCUCCUUUCCCUUUUUCUUUUCAACUUCUCUGUCAAAGCUACUUGGUCAAAAGUGGUCAUUACGUCAUACCUCUCCUUAUUCUAUUUUUUGAGACGGGCUCUUUUAAUUUGGAACAAAUACCGUCCGUUCCAGAGUCAGGAAAAUGGAGAAAAAAAAAUUGAGAUCUGGAAGCAGUGAAAAAGAUUCCACGGGUUGGGAACGUGGCAGGUACGCGCAAUGCCUUCCAAGGCACCACCUCUACCUGAACCUACUUUCGAGGGGCAAUGUUCACGUCAUGUCUGCCUACACAUUUCAUUAUUGGUCCGAGUCUGGAACGGUUCAGAAAAUCAUUUCUCAUCUCUCUUUCCUCUUGUAUUUCUUCACAUUCUCCUUUCAUACUUUUGUUGAAGUCGGAUCCGUCGAUCCUGACCAUCAUUUGACUCUCCUUGUCCUCUCCUUCCCUAUUUCCUUUCUUUUUUUUGCUUCACUUUCUCUCAAUACGUCUCUCUUUUCAAUUUUCAAGAUUUUUAUACUCUCUUGGAAUUCAUCUAUCUGUCGAUUUCACAUUUCCUAGUCAUUUGUUCCGUGUCAUCAUUGUCAUGCACACUUAAGUUCUGUGGGGUAUAAUGGGUUUCUUUUUGGCGAACUUGAGCAGAAUUACAUGUACUACAUUGUUAAAAUCUAGCCUCAAACGUGGAU